AUGGAUAACUCUCUCGGUUCCACUAUUAAGAAAAUCAAACUGCAAGAACAAAAUAAGGAGGCUGAGCUAAAAGCGAAACGUGAAUUCGAAGCGAAGAAAGCAGCAGUGGAGCGAUCGAUACGUGAGGCUAUUUCACAAGCUACAAAGCUGCAAGAAGAACAAUGCGAACUCUUAAAGAAGACCGAUGAACUCCGAGCCCAAGUUACAAUACAAAAGAUUCGCAGAGACGCUCUCGCUGGGCAAUUGGUAGCUUCCAAAAAGGAAUUAAAUGAAUUAGAAGGAAAAUACGAUCAAGCCAGGAUUCAAAUUCAAGAACAACGCAGCUUCUAUUGUACAGCAGUUCAAAAAGUAUCAAAUCAAUGCGAUGUUUGGUCUCUUCUCAUGAAACCUACAGCAACUGAGCCAGUAUCUCGACCAGUGAAAAAGGUUUCUGAAAAUAACGGACAGGAGGUAUUAAAUGAACAGGGUUUAAUGGCAGCAAAGGAAAAGCGGGAAAAGGCGAUUGCUGAGCGGGAGCGCCUGUUAGCUGAACCUGAAGUUGGUCAUGAGUUUGUGAGAAUAAGAAAUGCUCUACGCUAUUCUUUGGAAAUGACUUCAAAUCUACGAAAGCAAAACUAG